AUGGCCGUGCAACGCCAGAGUCGCCAAGCUGGAAGUGGAGACACGUCCACCGGCAGGGGUGCCACCGUCACAGCCCCAGCGCCGGAAUCCGCAGGCGUCCCCCAAUCUUCCGUCUCGGCUUUCGAGACCUCGCCAGGACCAACUCCCGAGCGCGACAUCUCUCCCGAGUAUGCUGCUUCGAAAGCGGGCACAAUGGCGAGGCAAGCGGAAGGUACAGCUUGCUCGUCACUCAGCCCCAGCUCUCCUUCUGCGCCUAGAUCACAACAAGCCUCCUCUUCAUUUCAGCCGCAAACGGUGCAAGCGGAGGGACCUGCUGCAUCGGUUCCGGUAGAGCCAGCAUCUGGCGAGACGGCGACACCGUCGAAGAUGAAGGCGGUACCUCGCAAAGGCACUCAGCUAAAAGCUCAGAAGGCAGCAAUUUCUCUGGUGAGUUCCAAAGUUUCCUUUGAUUCGAAAGCUUUGGUGAGCUGAUUGCGCAAUUUGCGGCGUAGACUCCAACCGCCGUUGAGCGACUGCAGUCGCUGCUUCACGGGUCUCAAGGGCCGCGCCUGAUCAGAAUCGGGGUCCGUAACAAGGGCUGCGCUGGCAUGAGCUAUCACCUGGAAUACGUCAAGCCUGAAGAAGCAGGUAGGUUUGACGAGCGGGUGAAGCAAGACGGCGUUGAGGUCCUUGUCGAUUCAAAAGCCUUGUUCAGGUGAGAAUUGCGGGAUAAUGCUCUUCAAAAGGGCUGUCGCAUCGCUGACACAGGUUGACUCAUCGUCGUGCAGCAUCAUCGGUUCCGAGAUGGAUUGGCAAGAGGAUAGACUAUCCGCCAAAUUUGUCUUCAAUAAUCCUAACGUAACGGACGCCUGUGGCUGCGGGGAAAGCUGGACCACUGUCUGA